ACCACACGUGGACCAGCACAAGGUUUGCAGUUCGCACAGAAAAGUUUGAAACGUUUUUACAACUGGAGUUAACAGGCUUUCCCGUUUGUGCCGUUGUGCAAGAGGGAACCCCAUCUCAAGAAAAUGCCAUCAUACGCGCUUGAUCAAUUUCUUGAUUUGGAAGAGGUUAUGUGCAAGCAGCUUCUAAGCCUGGACCUCCGGGACGCAUCCAAGCAGUCAACAUUCCCAGUGAGACCUGUUGGUUACAAUAAGCCCCGGACCCCCUGUGCCCCCUCUGCAUCUAGCUCUGCCCUCUCAACAGACUCCACAGAAAGUGCAACCAUGACCUCCUGCCACUGGGGGCAGAACACAGAGGCCUCACUCCCAUCCAGAUUGAACAAGAUGUCAUUCUGGGCUGAGCGCUCGGUCAGCAUGGUGGAGCCCAGCACGUGCACCCUGGGCUGGGCCUCAACAGAGCCUAAACAGGCCCCAUCCUCCCCUACUGGUGGCCCUGUCUCCGGGUCUCCCACCUCCUCACGGUAUAAGACUGAACUGUGCCGCACCUUUGCUGAGAGUGGCAUCUGUAAGUAUGGGGGGAAGUGCCAGUUUGCCCAUGGCUUUGAUGAGAUACGUGACCUCAACAGACACCCCAAGUACAAGACGGAGCCUUGUCGCACCUUCCACACCAUCGGCUUCUGUCCUUACGGCAUCCGCUGCCACUUUGUUCAUAACAACGAGGACGACCUGGGCCCCGCCAGGCCUGGCCCUGGUCCCCAAGCCCCCCACACCAGACGACUCCCUCUGCUUAGGCAGAGCUUCAGCUUCUCAGGCUUCCCCUCUGACCCUCCACAGCUCCUGAAGCCCUCCCUCCCCCACCCCUUCCUCCUCGUGCCUUCAGUCUCCCCUCCCACCUCAGCUGACAUCACCGACCUGCUCUCACACGCCUUCUCCGAGGUGGACUGUGUCUUUGAGCCGGCCCGUGAUCUCCAGUCUCAGUUUCUCCCCUCUCCUGACUCAGGCUGUUCCCUCUGUGGACUGUCCCCCAUGCCUUCCCCCGCUCAGAACCCCUGUACCUUAUCAGAGGGCUGUGGCCUGCAGCAGAGCCAGAGUCCCCCCUGUGGGCCUGCUCUUAGGGCCAGGAGCCUCUCCUACACCUCCCUGUCUGACCACGAGGGCGGGUGUGGCAGCUCAGCCAGCAGCCUCAGUGGGUCUGACUCCUCUGGUCCAGAUGGGUCUGGUCGGCGGCUGCCCAUCUUCAGCCAGCUCUCAGUGCCUGACGAGGGCUUCAGCAGCGAGUGCUGCAGCGGCACUAGCUUCUUCCUAUAGGUAGGGUGGUCUCCUCAAACCUUCCCGACCCACUCAGUGACUCUUGUCUUGUCCAUUGAAAGACUUUUGUAAUUUUUAAGGAACCUUGACUGUAUACUAUUGUAUACCUGCUGUAUUGUACGGGCAGAUGCUUGACACACAAAUGCGCUUCAGUUAAGCUCAAGUGAAAUUAACCUGUACAAUUUGAGGUCCAAGUCAACAAUAAGGCAAGGUGCCAGAGUUGCGUUGAACUGACGAUUUUGUCAAUUGUGUAAUCACAGUGUGAUUGGUGCUGGAAGUCCUCAUUUCCUGCCACCUGCAGUUGUAAGAAGCAUACUAGUCAUGUAAACGACAGUUUUGAGAAGCAAUGAAUGUUAAAAAAGCCAAAGACCUAGAUACAAAUCAAUUUCUGCCAAGUUAGAUUUCCCCCUGUGAAUGUUGGGUGACUAAUGUUGUGAUAUUUUGUAUACUGGCGACGUGCUCUUUUCUUUAUUGUACACUGUUCUUCUGACUGGGCUUAAGAAAUAUACUGUUUCCAAAAACCCACUUAGUUUAUUUAUGACUUCAGUGCCUGUAUUUUUUUGUUGGAAACUGCAAUUUUCAUUGUUAGUUGCAGGGGGACCUUGUUUUUUCCAUCUAUUUUAGAUCAAAGCUUAAAUUGGUUUCCUAACUUUACUUGGCAAGGCGGCUUGUGAGAAUAAGUAAUUGUUUUCUCACUUGUUUCUGUGAUCUCUGCAAAUAUGUUUGAAGUUGUAUGUAGACGUUCUGAAGACGCACCAAGGGUACAGUGUGUAUCCCCUGUGUGGUAGACUCUGCAUGUAAUCCCUGAUUAGCAGAAAAAUAAGUGUAAAUGGAAACGUGCUUUGAUUAAACUGGGUUGCUGUUGAAAUCUGAUUCUAUUGAGUUGGACCUAAACUGCACCUGGUUCAGUAGAUUCAAUUGUAGUGUCUUUCUAAAAGUCCUUGGGAGAUCAAAUGGUAGAUGUUUGUUUCUGAGAUGUUUUGGUAGUUGGUUCUGAGAAUGGAAGCUCUUUUUGCUUUCCAUUUUAUUUAAAUGCCUUUUUGACCAACAGGUUUCAAGCUUGUUUAGUGUUAAUGGAGAAUCUUUAGUAAAUUAAUUUAUUUUAAUGUAUUUAUAGAUAACUUUUUGAGUUUUGUAUUACGUUUAAUAUAUUGUUUUUGUA